AUGUUUGAAUCUUUAGUAGCAGAUAUAUUGGUUAAAUAUAUUGGUGAAUAUAUAAAGAAUCUUUCAUCAGAGCAAUUAAAAGUAAAUGUAUUCAGUGGAAAUGUGGUUUUGAGAAAUUUGGAAAUCAAAGGUGAAGCUUUACAAUCCUUUAAACUACCGUUACACGUUCAGAAAGGUAUCAUCGGUACCUUGGAAUUAAAGAUACCAUGGACUGUAUUUUGCGCGCAAGUUAAAGUCGAUGACUGGAACCAACCGCAAUUUGGGCGACCACAAAUACAUCUUGAAACCGAUAACCGUUACGCUCAAGGUGGAGGUCAACAAGAAUCUACAGAUGGACAAGUCGGUGCCAAAGAUGAAGGUGCAGUGUCAGUUCGAGGAGGUGUCGUUCUACAUCGAGGAGAAUCAGUAUCAAACCAUUCUGAAGCUGUUGACAACGAUUGGCGCGUACGCACAGGAAUUAAAGUAUCUCAAGUACCGACCGAAGCUGCGUCCUAA